AGCCAACAAAGCGAGUGCCAAAAGUAGCCGUUGCGCUGCAUUUUAUCGAUUUAUAUCGUUUCUAAACCCUAGCCCUAUUUCUACAUGAGAUUUGGCUUUUCAGGAAGCACUCAACCUGCUUGAUAAAAAUCCCACAGAAAGAUCAUAAAUCUAUCAACUUUGAGGAGUUUCUACUUGUAGAAAUGGCUUCAAGAACUGCGAGCAAAGACAUAAUCACUCUCCGCGGAUCCACAGCCAUUGUCAGCGAAUUUUUCGGUUAUGCAGCAAACAGUAUUCUGUACAAUCGUGGUGUCUAUCCGGAAGAAACUUUUGGAAGAGUGAAGAAAUAUGGACUUCCAUUGUUGCUUUCUCAAGACGAAGGUGUUAAGACAUUCAUCUCAAAUUUGAAUAAGCAACUUUCAGAAUGGCUGGAAGCUGGCAAGUUACAAAGGAUUGUUCUUGUGAUAAUGAGUAAGGCCACCAAUGAAGUGCUUGAGAGGUGGAAUUUCAGUAUAGAGACUGAUGGUGAAGUUGUUGAAAAAGGAGUUUCGAGGGAGAAGAGUGAUAAAGAAAUCAUGAGAGAGAUUCAAGCUAUUAUGAGACAGAUUGCAUCCAGCAUUACAUACUUGCCCUGCCUGGAUGAACCAUGUAUCUUUGAUGUGUUAGCAUAUACUGAUACGGAUGUUGCAGUGCCUUUCACUUGGACAGAGAGUGACCCUAAACUGAUAGCAAAUCCCCAAAUGGUGAAAUUGCAUUCUUUUGAUACUAAGAUACAUAAGGUUGACACAAUGGUGUCUUACAAGAAUGAUGAAUGGGAUGACCAGUAAAAGAAAGAAAGAUAGGGAUGUUUAAGAAAAUUGUUGCUGUGUUUUUGUUGUUGAUCCUUGAAGGUUGAAUGAUGUGAAUCGUUUUGAUUCACUUGUGUGUAGGAAUGAAAUAUGAAUCUGGAAACUUGCUUUUUCUUGAAAUUGAAGAACUUGCUUG